GAUUGCUUGAGCGCAAAGCAUGCGGCAUGACAAUCCGUGUGUUGCUGAGGGACCAUCCUCAUCGCGCUGUUGCACUAGCCACUGAUGACCACAUCUUAACCUUCCGCCAUAGUCCAUCCACCGCUGGCGCCUCUUCGCUUUCCGUCAACUCCACUCAAAGUGCAACCCUGCAGCCAAGAUGUAUGGUCGAAUUUGCUCGGACAGCAGAUACUGACACAACCGACUUCCGAUCGUUGACUUCUCUUUCGGUUUUCGGAACUCUCGGCUUGAUCACCGUGAAUGGUGAUAUCUUCCUGUGCGUCGUCAAUGGAGCCCAAAGAGCGGCCACCGUGAGAAAUGGCGAGAACGUCUUGAAGAUCACUUCUGUUGAAUUUCACGAUGUUGAUGAGGAUGGCUUCGAUCACUACCAUGCUAGGGAUCCUGCCAUGGAACAUCCUUGCUUGGCUAUGAAGAAACUCCUCAGCGGAGGUAGUUUCUACUACAGCGCCGACUUUGAUUUGACUAGACGUCUCCAAGACAGAUCGUCAUUGUCAGCAACUGUGGCAAUCGACAGUCUCGAUGCUGGUUUCCUUUGGAAUUCAUAUAUGAUCCAACCACUGGUCAGCUUCCGCUCAAGAUUAUCGGAGCGUGAAAAGAGAGAGUUGGAUGACUCUCGCAUAUUGACAUCUGCCAUACGUGGAUUUGCUAUGACACUAACAGUCCCCCCUGCUUCGUCUCCAAUCAGUCACUCAUCUUCCGGGUUUCCCUCUACGCUAACAUUACUAUCUCGUCUAUCCUCUCGCAGGGCCGGUACCCGCUUCAACGCUCGAGGCAUUGACGAUGAUGGCAACGUCGCAAAUUUUGUCGAGACCGAGGUCAUCUAUUCUACACCAGCGAACACAAGCUUCUCCUAUGUCCAAGUACGAGGCAGCAUUCCUCUGUUCUGGGAGCAAGCGGCAGGUUUCACCCCAGGACAACAGAAGAUUCAGCUUACUCGCUCUGCUGAAGCAUCUCAACCUGCAUUUGACAAACACAUGUCAGACCUGGAAAUCAACUAUGGCAACAUUCAUGUCGUCAAUCUGCUCAGCAACGAGAAGCCUGGUGAACUUGAGCUGAGUCGAAGAUACCAAUAUCAUGUUCGCAACAGUCCGCUAAAUCUACCUUCUGGCGAGCCUGGAGAGAAAGAUGUCGAGGAUCACGAGCUCAUCAAAGAGACUGACUAUGACUUUCAUGCCGAAACCCGCGCACUUGGAUACGAAGCAGCUAAGGGAAUCAGACGCUAUGUCCAGGACUCGAUUGAAAAUUUCGCCUAUUUCCUCUCAGAAGAAGUGGACGACCAGCCGAAGAACGCCAACGGCAGACCACAAUCAGUCAUGCGAAGGAACAUGAAUAUUUUACAGCAGGAAGGCGUAUUCCGUACUAAUUGCCUUGACUGCCUGGACAGAACAAACCUCAUUCAGACGCUUAUCAGUCAAAUGGCCAUUCAAGAGUUUUUGAACCAACGAGGCGAAAGGACAGCGACCAAUGACUUUUGGGUCAGACACGGCACUCUGUGGGCUGACAAUGGUGACGCAUUGUCGCGAAUCUAUGCAGGUACUGGAGCACUAAAAUCGUCAUUUACUAGACAUGGAAAGUCGUCUCUUGCUGGUGCAUUUGCGGAUUUCCGCAAAAGUGCUACUCGACUGUACAUCAACAACUUCGAGGAUAAAGGCAGACAGAACACUAUCGAUAUGCUUUUGGGUCGCCUGGUGGAACAAGUCCCUGUUCAUCUUUUCGAUCCAAUCAACGAUUGGGUUUCUGCAGAGCUCACCAAGAGAACAAACGAAUACUCGGCGUGUGACAACAUCAACAUUUAUGUUGGUACAUUCAACCUCAACGGCAAAACUAGAGGCUUGUCUGAGGAUCUAUCCCCAUGGCUCUGUCCGCCAGUCGAUCUUUCUCAGCAGCAGCCCGAAAUUGUGGCUGUAGGCUUCCAAGAGAUUGUCGACCUUAGUCCUCAGCAAAUCAUGUCUACUGAUCCGCAUAGAAGACAAGCGUGGGAGGAAGCAGUCAAGUCGACAUUGAACGAGCACGCUCAGACUCUAGGAUCGGAAGAAUAUGUCAUGCUGAGAGGUGGACAAUUGGUCGGUUGCUCACUAUCUGUCUUUGUGAAAGCCAGCAUUCUACCGUUUAUCAAGAACGUUGAAGGCGCCUUGAAGAAGACCGGCAUGUCCGGCAUGGCAGGCAACAAGGGUGCGGUGGCUAUCCGUAUGGAGUACGCCAACACUUCGAUCUGCUUGGUCACUGCACAUUUGGCUGCAGGAUUCGCCAACUACGAGGAGCGUAACCAAGAUUACCGAACAAUCAGCCAUGGACUGCGGUUUGCCAGGAAUAGAUCGAUUGAAGACCAUGAUACUAUUAUUUGGCUUGGAGAUUUCAACUACCGCAUCGGUAUGGCCAACGAGAAGACGAGACAGCUAGUUAAGAUGAGCGACCUCGAGAAACUCUACGAGAACGAUCAGCUAAACCUACAAAUGGUCCACGGCAAAACGUUCCCUUACUACAACGAGGCCAGAAUCACCUUCCUGCCCACAUACAAGUACGACGUUGGUACAGACGAGUACGACAGCAGUGACAAAGCUCGUAUCCCUGCAUGGUGCGAUCGUGUCUUGACAAAAGGAAACAACCUCCGUCAAAUUCACUACAAUACUGCACCAUUGAAGUUCUCAGAUCACCGACCCGUCUACGCUACGUUCCAGUGCACCAUCACAGUCAUCGACGAUAAGAAGAAACAAGAAAUCAGCGAGGGACUUUACAAACAAAGACGUGCAGUGGUCGGUGGCCAUACCGCCAACACCAGAGCCGAGGACACAGACGACGAAGACCUACUCGGCUACGAAUCAAUCGAGCCAGGCUUACCACCCGCAAGUUCCGACAAGCGUAAAUGGUGGCUGGACAAUGGCAUGCCAGCUCGCUCCAAAGUCAAGCCCCCAGAAGAUGGAUACGUCCGCAACCCACAACGAGCACCCAACCCAUUCGGCGCCACCACCGAGCCCGACUGGGUCAAAGUGCCUCGUCCCAACCCGCCACCUCCUCGCUCCCUCUCCAUCCGCGAGCGCAACCCCUCAGCAGCAAGUCAACCCCCAGACACCAGGGCCGCGCCGAUGAACCGCAAACUACCCCCUGUAUGGCCAGCACACGCCGCCUCCUCGGCAGCACCCAACUCCAGACCCUCAUCAACCCGCCACAGUCUCCUCGACGACCCAAUCCCCUCGCCCUCACCCCCACUUCUCCCCCGUAGACCUUCUGCCGCCUCUGUCGCCUCUNNGUCGCCUCCCCUAGACCACAAAAUCACCCGCAAAGCCGCCCCGCCAGUCCCCAAGAAACCGUCAACACUGCGCUCGGAAUCUCCAGUCAACACCAGAGACGAGGGGUUUGCUCCAAAACUCCCACAGAGGAUUAACACAUUGCCGUCUUCGCGGGAGCCGGUCGCGAAGAGUGUUUCUAUGCCUGUGCUUCCGCCGCCGAGGAGGAGUGCGGUCGAGGUUAAUAACAAGGGGAUUGAGAGGUGGUCGAGACAGGCUGGGGGCAGUGAGGAUGGGCCGCCGCUGCCUCCUAGAAGGGGCACGGGUAUGAGUCAGAUGGAUCUGUUGAGUGAUGAGGACGACGGGGGUAUGGCUGGUUGGAAGCCGUUGAGACCUAAU